AUGCCUGCGGGCUAUUACCCCGGAGUGGGUAUGCCGAAGGCGGUGUAUAUACACCCUGGGCUGCAAGCUGCAGGAAUGCUGGGCGCACGCCAUCGGAAACUUGCGAUUCAACCUUUUGACGGCAAGGAACUUUACCAUGGUCCAGGUAGUGGAUUCCUUGGAUGGGCCAAGAAAUUUUUCCGUCAGAUUGGUUUAGCGGAGCGCGCGUACGGGUUCGGAUGGCCGGAGAACAUCAAGUUUGAUGUCCCUGGAUACCAACUGGCGUGCAAGGCGCAGACGCAUGACGGUCGGCAGGUCGAGACUUGGUGGCGCGAAAACCAAAACUUGGAGCAUGCGAUGGCGAGGAUGUUGUAG